AUGGCUUGCAAGGGAAGCAACGCAGAAUAUUGUGGCGCUGGCUCUUUGAUGAUGCUUUACGGCAGGAACGCCGUCUCGUCGACCACUUCGAGCACUUCCAGCACUUCCAGCACUUCCAGCACUUCCAGCACUCCCAGCACUUCCAGCAUAUCUUCUAGCUUGGCAAUUUCUUUGACUGCAUCUUCAAGCUCUGCAAUCACGUCCUCCAUUUCGUCGGCCGUGACCAGUUCUUCAUCUGCCUCCCAAGCUACCACAGUGCCAACCUCCGCCUUAAACAACUAUACCUACAUGGGAUGCUACAAUGAAACCCACGAUCGUCGCGCACUUAAUGGAAUUGGCCGCACUGGAUCUUCGAACAGCCUGGAAUCUUGCGCAGCCUUCUGUUCUGGAUAUGCUUACUUCGGAGUCGAAUACGGAGCAGAGUGCUAUUGCGGCUCAACCAUCUACUCCAACUCCGUUCGUCAGAACGAUGACACUAGCUGUAACAUGGCAUGUGCUGCAAACGCAUCUCAGAAGUGCGGUGGCCCUGACUUCCUCAACGUUUACUACACCAAUGUUACAUCUUCGACAAGUACCACAACGAGCAGUGCCCCGAGCACACCAACAGGGCCUGUUGUCGUACAGUCUGUCGGCGAUUAUUCGUAUAUGGGAUGUUACACUGAGGUCACCAAUGGUCGAGCACUUACUGGAUUGAGCAAGGCAGCUUCCUCUGUCAGUGUGGAUUCUUGUGCUUCUUACUGCUCGGCAUACACCUACUUUGGUGUCGAAUACGGCAGUGAAUGUUACUGCGGGGAUGUCAUUCAGAUCGGAUCCAGCGCUGUCACUGAUGGCCGCUGCAAGAUGUCUUGUGCUGCGAAUGCCACUCAAAUCUGCGGUGGACCCAAUGGUCUGAACAUGUAUCAGAAGGUCUCCAGCGUCUCGAGCACAUCAAGCAUAUUGAGCACGUCCAGCGCUUCGAGCUCUGUGAGUAUCCCCAGCAGCUCGAGCACGACCGCUUUGUCCAGUGACAUCAGCACCUCAAGUUCCAGCAUCACUUCAGCUUCGGCCUCUGCAUCGCCUGUUGUCGUUGCUGGGAUCCCAUUCACGGUUGAGAAAGAUGCGACGUACUCAGGUACCACGAUUAGCAACUUUGCAAGGAAACGCGCAGAUUCUGACCUCAGUUCUUGCAUGACCGCAUGUGCUAAUAACGCAAUCUGUAUGGGUACAGCGUUUGAUGGUACCACCUGCACAUACUUCAGCUUUGUCGAUCCUAGCAGCAGAACAACAAUGGUUGGAACAACAUUUGCCACAGUCCAGAACAGGUCACCUGUCUCUUCCAGCUCCACCGCAUCAUCACUCUCGAACUCCUUGACAUCAUCAAUGCCGUCGACUUCGGUAUCUGCCUCUUCAAGGAGUUCCUCCGCAAUUUCGAGUAGCGUUUCCACAGCUUCCAGCAGCAGUUCAACAAUUUCUGGAACAGCAACUGGACCUGUCGCCAAACCCACUGUAGGCAGCUAUGUCGAUCAAGGAUGCUGGAAAGAGAUUGGCGGUCGUGCUCUGCAGGGCAAGUCAUUCUCCAAUAGCUCCAACAGCCUUGAGUUCUGCGCGUCAUUCUGUUCUGGAUACACGUACUUCGCAACAGAGUAUUCUUCUGAGUGUUACUGUUCCAACACUGUCAGUUCGCUUUCUGACCCUGCUACGGAUGGACGUUGCAAUAUGCUAUGCUCUGCCGACAAGUUUGAGUACUGUGGCGGACCUAAUGGUUUGAGUUUGUACAAGUACAACGCAACCAUCUUGUCGUAUAGCAGCCCUACCUCUGCCAGCAGUGUCAUCUUGUCCGGUACCAUCACGUCCUCGAGCUCUUCCGCUUCAAGCUCUCUAUCCCCAGCUCUUCUAGCAGCACUUCAUCAUCAUCGUCCGAUCUCGCAUCGAGCAGCGUCAGCUUCACAAGCUCAAUCCCAAGCAGCUCAAGCGUGUCAUCAACCAUCUCGCCCAGUAUGGUCACAAGUGAUUCAUCGAGCACGAUUUCAAGCACGUUCAGUGUCUCCUCUACAAGUUCGUCCUCUGCUUCAACGUCGUCCGCUUCGUCGUCCGCUUCAUCAACCUGGGUGCUUUCGUCAACUGCUUUAUCCUCAUCUUCGCUAUCAACCUCCUCGUCCCCUGCACCAAGUUCACUGA